AUGAAACGGCAGAAGCUGCACAAUGGAAUCCUCUACGGAGCGUGGGCGUGUGCGGGGGUGGCGGCGGUCGAGUUUGCUGUUCUGUGUGUUUUGUAUCGAUGGCGGGAUUACGAGCCUCCCUCAAAGUUGUCUGGCCUCAUUGCAUUUCUUGGCGGCUGUCAUGACACUGUCCAGGUUGUCAUCACCUUCCUCUUCAACUGGUACCUCGGCGCGGGGUCUCUCGUGGCGGCGAUUUCCAUGCUCGUUUCCGCCCUCAUGAUAUCCCUCCAUUGGAUCCAACUGGUGUUCAAACUAGAGGGGGUCACGCUGCUCUCCUACUGCCAGUGCCUCUGCUGGGGCCCCUGCGCAUACACGCUAGGAGUCAUCGUCCUGCUUUUUGUGUGCGGGCCGUUCGUGCCAUCCGCCCUGUUUGGCCAGGACGUCACCUACAUCGACCAGUUCAACGUCACGGUGCAACUCUCGUGCCGCGAAGGCACGACCGGGCAGCUAAUGACAUACGAUAUGCUCUUCAUGGAGAACUACGAAUGGAGACUCUCGCCGGGGUCCGCCUUUCAGAACGUCACCAACACGACGAGCAUCGGGCCACGUGGCAGUCUCCCGAGCGCGCUCCUCAACGUCACCGGCAAGGCCUUCUACUGGCAGACCACAGCCGAGUGGCUGAAUAUCUUUGGCGUUGGUCCGCGGAAGCCGGGCCCCCGGUACCUAGCCCUGUCAAACCCGAUCCGGAACCACUCGCAGGACGGUAACGCUCUGCUGCGCGACCGGGGUGAGCGAUUCGUCGCCGCGGUCCACAUGUCUAAGGACGGCAUAGACGUCCAGAUUCUAGACCCGUAUUAUACGCCGUCAUACUGCCAAGCGGGCGUCCGUGGCGAUUCGACCAAUUAUAACUGCACGGACGCAGCGGGGUAUGAUUACAUGCUUAUAUCUAAGGGGGUCAGCUUAUUCCAAGACCGCUUCGCUUAUAACCUUGACGGCACAACGGCGUAUCUGGAACAGCAAGUUGCCGGUGAAACGCCGGUCCUUUGCCCGCAAGUUAUACCGUCGGAUACGCAGAACUAUGAGGACCUCGUCAAAGCGGGCGCUUCAGUCGGAUCUUUAGUCGGAUUCCGAGUUGGACUGUCGAUGCAAGGUGCGUAUUGCAGGAACGUCAAAAGCGCAGCGGCAGCGACUUAUCUGCGUUAGUUGAGCGCGCAAUUUUACAUCAGUCCGGGUAGAUCAAGCAGAUCGAGAGCCAUCGCGAGUUGCGAGUCGUCAAUUGUCCUUUCGGUUGUUGAGAACGCGGGAGCUGAUAUCGACUGAGGAUAUUACUGACUCUUACUUGACAUGCAGUAAGGCGUAGGAAGUACAGGGCUUGCUAAGCAUGCAUGCAGACACUUGCGCGCUAGCUGCGAUCGAAUGCAUCAGGUCUCCAUUAUAGCUUAAUUUUGAGUACCCAC